AUGACGAAAAUCUUAAUUCUAGGCAGCCCUUGUGUUGGGCAGAAAGAUUCGGUGAUGUUCGAACCACCUACAGCCGGUGGCGAUCAAGUUGUCAUUGAUCUACCAACUGAUAAUUCUAACACACCAGUGCCGAUCCCAGAAGGCGGCUUCGCAUUACUCAGUCAUACGUCGUCAAACACAGCAUCGUCACUAACUAGUCCGAUUACAGCGCUGACGUUUGACCCCUAUGAAGAACUGUUAUGGUCGGGCAAUAGUGCGGUCAGUUAUCUUUUUGUUUCAUUUCAAUAUUUCCAUGUGUUCAAGUGUUGGGGUGCUUAUAGUAGGAAAGAUUUCAGGGUAGAAUCGUGUCGUUCUAUAGUACUCAACUUGAUAAAUACACAGCGUUUGUAUCAUCAGCACAAUCUGACGUAA